AGCGUGCGUUUAGCUUAGCUGCCUGGGUUUAGGGUUUGGCAGCUAUGGAGGAGGACGAUGGCGCUGCUCCCAGCACCAGCAGCGCCAAGAGGAAGAAGCGCUCUCGCCAAAAGGUAACGCUGGAUGUGCUGGCGAGGGAGGAAGGCGCGCAGCUCCCGAUUCUGGCGUAUUUUCCCACGCCAUUCGAUCCCUGCGCGCAGCAGCCGACCAAGGACGAUCAAUCGGAUCCGCCCGAGCUCUACGCGAGCACCAAGAACUCGCAAAUGCAGCUGGUGGUCCGGCCGCCGGGGGGAAAUGUGGAUUUCGUUGGAGCGAAUGUGAACAGUGAAGCCGGUGCCUGGAAUCCGACCAUGUUUGCUCUCGGGGUUUUCGAUAAGGAGGAGGGAACUCUCAAGAUCGUGCCAGUUGUCUCGAAUAAGGUUUUAAGAAUGGAACCUAGAGUUCGUGGUGUCUCGUACAUGAUGGAUUACGGCAACCAGGAUGACACGGAGGUGGAUAGAGAAAUGAGGAUCGAUCGGAAGAACACGCUCGUGAAUAGAUUUGGAACGAAGAAGGCCAAGAACGCGCUGCAAAGAAUGUCGAGAGCUGUGGUGAAAGAAACUGCGCUGGGAGGAUCCGACGAGCAAUUCAAAGGCUACUUACAGGACGCUGUGCAACAGGAGGGGCUUGUGAUGACGAGAAAGGAGGUGGAAAAAGCAGCAAAUGCCGCGAUGGUGAGAAGAAUACCGCCUUACAAUCUCGACGCCAAGGCUCCCGACGAUGCCUAUCCUCUCAACAAGAUCAUAACAAAAGAGGAAUGGCAAUCCAUGGACUCGAGCGAUCUCAUGAAGGCGGCCAAGAAGGCGGCAGAGCUCGAGGCUCUACGCUCGCAAGAAAAAUACUGGAACUUUAUCCUCGAUCGGAUACACCGCCUUCGCGUCGACGGAGAUCGAGAAGGAAAUGCCAAGCGGAGUUUCAUCAUGGUCUACCUGAAUUACCUCCUCUUGAUGUUCCACGCGACGAGGGGCCGCGUGGUGAGCGGCCGCAAUCCAUUCUUCGACGAGAAGGUGAACCUCGACAUGCCGCAAGUGAUCUACGACAAGCUCAGCUCGAUGUUCCUGCAAGACGCGCCGCCGCAGACCGAGAAGCGAGGCUCCGGCGGCAGUGGCAAGCUCCUCCACAGGGACUACCUCCUGAGCUACAUCCUGGUGCUGGCCAUGAAACUGGACGGCUUCACGUCCGACGCGCAAGACAUGGCUACGGAGCUCAAGAUGACCGUGACGGACUUGCAGCCACACUACGCGCAGCUGGGGUGUAAGGUGGAGGCACCGCAUUUUCGAGGCGCGGCAAAGGCAGUGAAACCAAAGGUGACGAUGCCGCUGCCAUUGAAUCUGGAUCAAGAGGACCCGGCGAACGCCAGGAGUGGCGGAGGAGGAGGAGGUCGGGGCCGAGGUAGAGGACGGUGAAAUCCUGGAAGUGGACUCGUAAUCUCCUGGGCGAACCUCUUUUGGUUCGAAGAUCUUUGUUACUUCCAACGCGAAAGUCCAGGAACUUUGUUACUUCCAACUUGAAAUUCCAGGAUUCCAACGUGAAAGUACAGGAACUUUCUACUUCCAGGAUUCCAACGUGAAAGUCCAGGAACUUGUUUACUUUCAACGUGAAAAUCCGGGAUUUCUACAAGGUACCCCGUUUCGUCGAGAUCGUCUCUACGUGGAAAAGCGGUGUGAUUUGUUGACAUAUCCGAAUCUUAGCAAUCGAUUUCAAUAAAAGGCGACACGUAAUGUAGAUGUCUUUUUUA